UGGCUGGAUAGCUAGCAGCUAGCAGUACCGUAACUUAUCUCUCUCAAACAAAACAACACAGUCUCUCUAGGUCUCUUUUCUCUGUGAAGCAAGCUAGAUUAGGACACAAAGAGAGAGAUGAAGACGGCGAUGGAUAGCAUGGACGCGGCAAGGAUCAUAGGGUACUUCAAGGGCAAGAGCAUCCUCAUCACCGGCUCAACUGGCUUUCUUGGAAAGAUUCUCGUGGAGAAGAUACUGCGGGUACAGCCUGAUGUCAACAAGAUCUACCUCCUGGUACGCGCCAUCGAUGCACCGUCCGCAAAGCAGCGCGUCCAACAAGAGGUUAUUGGCACAGAGCUGUUCGGCCUCCUGAGGGAGAAUCAUGGCGAGGGGUUCCAGCAGUUCAUCGAGGAGAGGAUUGUUCCUUUGGCCGGAGACAUCAUAUACGAGAACCUGGGGCUGGAGGCUCCCAGAUUGGAGGAACUGGCCAAGGAGAUCGACGUCAUUGUGAACAUUGCUGCGACCACCAACUUCUACGAAAGAUAUGAUGUGUCGUUGGAUGUGAACGUGCUGGGGGUGAAGCAUCUGUGCCACUUCGCCAUGCAGUGUGCAAAGCUCAAGAUGUUCAUGCAUGUCUCCACUGCUUUCGUUUCCAGCGACAGGGAGGGUUUGAUCCAGGAGAAACCCAUCAAGCCCGGCGAGUCGCUGUGCGAAGGCACGUUCCUCGACAUCGACGCCGAGCUGCGGCUCGUCAGAGAAGUCAAGAAGGAGCUCAGCGCCAGCGACUCGCUCGACGUGCACAAGAUGGGUCGCAAGGCCAUGAAGGAGCUCGGCCUCCAAAGGGCUCGUCACUUUGGGUGGUCCAACACGUACGUGUUCACCAAGGCCAUGGGGGAGAUCCUCCUGGGGCAGCUCCGUGUCGACAUCCCUGUGGUGAUCAUGCGCCCCAGCAUCAUCACCAGCGUCCGGGCGGACCCCUUGCCGGGGUGGAUGCAGGGCACGCGCACCAUCGACACGUUCAUCAUCGGCUACGCCAAGCAGAACCUCUCCUGCUUCCUCGCCGACCUCAACCUGGUCAUGGAUGUCAUCCCGGGGGACAUGGUGGUGAACGCCAUGAUAGUGGCGAUGGUGGCGCACUCGGAGGAGAGGGGCGCACAGGUGGUGUACCAUGCCACAUCGUCGCUGCGCAACCCAGCCACCUACAGCGUGCUCUACGAGUCCGGCUGGCGGCACUUCACGGAGAACCCGCGCGUGGGGAAGAACGGCGAGGUCAUCCCCACCAGGGGGAUGUACUUCUUCACCACCAUCGCGCGGUUCCACUUCUACAUGAUCCUCACCUACAAGCUGCCCCUAGAGAUUCUGCACUUGGUGAAUCUGCUGCUUUGUGGGCUCUUCUCGCGGCUCUACAACGACCUCAACCGCAAGUACAAGUUCGUGAUGCAUCUUGUCGACGUCUACGGCCCCUUCGCCUUCUUCAAAGGAUGCUUUGAUGACAUGAACUUGGAACGGCUGAGGAUGACGAUGGCGAUGAAGACCACUGAAGAUCGCAUGUUCAAUUUCGAUCCCAAGACCAUCGACUGGGACGAUUAUUUCUGCAGAAUCCACAUACCUGGUGUUCUCAAGUAUGUGUGCAAGUGAAGCCUUGUUAAGUUUCUUGCUUCUUCACCUUUUCCCUAUAGAAAAAAAAAGCUCUUAUAUAUUCUGUGUCAAAAAUAUCAAUUUAUUUGUUGUACCUGCAAGGUGGGUGAUUAUCAUAAGAAGUCGGCUAGAUUGUUAGUUGUAUUGGAGAAGCUCCAGAACUAGUUUAAAUAAUGAUAACAUGUAUGUGUGCUUGUGUUAGGUGGCAGACUAUGAUCUGAAUUCCGAAUCUGUAAUAUCUGUCUGUGAGUGUCAAUGACAAUAUAUGAAAAGGAUCUGUAAUCUC